AUGAGAAAACUGAAGGAUACAAAGGCAAGAAAUGUGAUUGAAUUUGAUAAAGAGGGAUAAGUAGUGAGAGAUAAACUGCAAGUUUUACAGGAAAGACCGCGAUACAAAAUAUAUUCAAUUGCAGAUGGCUACGAGUACUGUAAUUUCUGCAAAAGCUCUUCCAGAGAUGAGGAACUUAGAAUAAAAUGUGGGCCUAUGUAUGGGCCUAUCAAACUUAAGGACAGAGAGGCAUAUGUGCAUGAAUUAUGUGCUUUGUGGACUCCUGAAAUAUUCUUGGAUGAUAAAAAUAAGUUCAAAAAUCUUGCAAAAGCUAUUAAAAGAUGUAAGAAAAUCAAAUGUACUCUCUGUAAAGAGAAGGGAGGCGGUUUAGGAUGUUAUGUAAAAACUUGUGAUAAAAGUUAUCAUUAUUUGUGCGCGAAAGUAAGCAACUGCUUGUUUGUUAACUCAAAAUUCAUCAUUUAUUGUGAGAACCAUAGAUCUGAAGCUCCAGAUGAAUAUCUUGAAGAGGAGAAGAUUGAGGAGGAGCAAGAUGAAUAGCUUUAACAUUAUAUCUGUACAAUAUGCAAAAGUGGCCUAGAUGAGAGACAUAUAGUUAUCUGCGAGGGCUGUGAUAGAGGUUUUCACUCGAACUGCCAUCAGCCACCUGUAAAUUUGGAUUAGAUUGAUGAGGAUGAAGAUUGGUAUUGCCAAGAAUUAUAAAUGCAAUAUUUAAUAAUUAAUUUGAAGGAAUAAAUUAACUAGAAUCAAACCUUAGUAUUGAUGCCAAAGCACAAUUACACUUAAUCUGAUAGAAAUCCAAAACAAAACUCAAGGCCUGGCUUUGAAGGCAAUAGUUUUGUUAGAGAUGAUUAAAAUAUAUUGAAAUAUGUAGCCCCAGGUGAUAAGUACAGCAGAGGUGGUAAAUAGAACCAGAGAAAUCACAAUGAUUACGAAGAGGAGAAAAAGUAAGUGAACGGUAACAAAGGAUACAGUGGUAAGUAUGGAAGUCAUGAAUAGCUCGAGGAGAGUAUUGAUGACGAUUAAUACUACCAACCAUCUGGCUAAUAUCACAUUCAGAGAGGAGGGUACAACAGUUCAAGAGGAAGAGGUAGAGGUUUGGAUUCUCGUAAUUAAGAUUACAAUCAUCCAGAGGGCUAGUAUAAACAAAAAGCCCGGUUCGCUGAGAGGGGACGAGGCCGAGGACGUGGUGGAAAUAACUAUUAGUCCUAUGGUCGAGACUCUAAUCAUCAAGGUUUUGGACAACCUAUAGAUUUUUAGGUGACAAAACAGAAAAACAGAGGUAGAGGAAGAGGUGAUCGCACCUAGUUUCCUGACUACAAUAACAAUCACUGGGUUGAAGAUGAUCAAUUUGAAGAGGACUAGAAUAAUGGAUCCUAUGCACAAUAUCAGAACGUUGCAGACGAUGAAAUAUUCUAGCCGAGAUUCCUUUAAUCAUAGAAGCAAGAUAUUGAAGAGUUAUUUGAGGAAAAGGUCAUUCAAGAUAGAAGAACUAUUAACUUAUGGUCAGAUUAUAUGAAGCCAGAAUUUUAUCAGGGACCUUAGUACAUAAUAUACAGAUCAAUGAAUUCUCAAUAGCGCAAGAAGCGUAUCUAUAGCAGUGAGCUACAAGAUAUCUAAUUCCAAAGUCGAGCUUAGUUUGAGUAGAGCCAAUAGAAGGGGUAGCAGUACGGAAAGACUGAUAAAUGGAAGCUUUAGGAGGUAUACGGCUAAGACUUCGAUUUCAAGAAAGAAAAGAGAGUUGAGAACUCAUUCUGGACCAAUGAUCACAGCAAAACUAAAAAAACUCAAAAAGACAGUCGUACUAGAAACAACUAAAAAAAGGAUUCAAGAGGUAAAGGGAAAAUUGGUUAAGUCUAAGGCAAACCAAUCAGAAAGUUUGAUGGUCAAAAGGACAAGCUAUUUAAUAAGUAAAAUAGAGGCCAAGGUAAGUAAUAGUAUAAUGGAAAAGGCGGUGAGAGAAAAAACUAUGAAGAGUAUAUUGAUGACAAGCAAAUAAAGAAAGGCUUGGCUGACGGAACUCUCUUUGAGGGUAUUCUUAGAGUGAGUCAGUAUAACAGAAAGAGAGCAUUUGUUUAGGUAAACGACAUUGUUGUCGAUGUUAUGAUUGACGGCCUUAAUAGUCAAAAUAGAGCGUUAGACGGAGACACUGUUAUUAUCUCGCUCUUAGACCCUUCUAAAUGGACGAAGUUUACAUCAAACAAUGUAGUCGUUGGUAAAGAUUCUCUAGGAUAGGCUAAUAAUGCUGGUGCUGCAAAGGGAUAUACAAAUGAAACAGCUAUUGAAACUAGAAUCAUUGAUCUAGAAACACUUGGGUAAAUUGAUGAGAAAGAUCCUGACGUUGAGGAAUUAAAAGAAAUUACUGAAGAGUUCAAAAGAUAAAAAGAGCAAGAAAAAUAAGCAAGCAGCAAGUCUUCUUCUUCUCAAAGUUCUCAUUCCUCUGGCAGCGAUGAUGAAUCAGACGAUAAUGAUGAAGAGCUGAAAAAGGAUGAAGCUAUUGAUAAAGCUGAGGCUAAAGAAGUGAGUAAUAGCGGGGAAGAGAGUGAUGAGGUUGGCUAUGACUAUCUCAAAGAGGAUUAAUAAGUUUCAAGUUCUGAAGAGGAUGUUUAGAUUGAAAGACCAAAGCAGAAUUUAAGAACUAUCAAAGAAGAAAUAACUGACUCUGCUAAAAAAGAGAGAGUAUAAAAGCAAGAGAUUGUAAAAUAACCUCUUGUUGUGAGUCAGUUCACUGGAAAAACUAAGCAAGAGAAACUCAGUUAAAUAAAUUUGAUUUCCAAGGAUCUUAGACCACUAGGACUAGUUAAGGCUAUUGUCAAAAGUCCAAACAGAGAUAAAGAGCAUUUAGUCACUCUAAUCAAAUUAGAGAAUAUAGAUUUCGAUGAAAAGCAAGCAAAGGAGAUCUAAUCACUCUAUGAUACUAAAAAGAAUGCUGCAAGUUGUGGAGUUUACGCUGUACCAGUUAGCAAGAAAUUGCCAUGGAUGGCGCUUUAGUCUAUUCCAGAAGAACUUGUUUCAGAUAUUUAAAAUAAGAAAAAGCUCAAUCAAAGGUACUAUAUUGUCAAAAUGGUUGCCUGGAGAGCAUUUGCUAUUAGACCAGUCUGCAAUGUCAUUUCAUCUAUCGGUGAAGCAGGUAAUCUUGAUGCAGAAAGUUUAAGAAUCCUUAAAAUGCACGAUAUUUGGUCUGAUGAGUACGAAACUGAGGGUUAAAAAUUGAAUGAGAAAGUCCAUGAGAGUUUGAGAAUUUUCACAAAAGAUAUCGAUCCAAUAUCAGGAGAGUGGAUUAUUCCCUAAGAAGAGAUUGAAAGAAGAGUUGAUUUGAGAGAGAAGAGAAUCUUUACUAUUGAUCCAAUCACAGCUAAGGAUUUGGAUGAUGCUCUUUCAAUUGACAAAAUUAGUGAUUUCAUAUACGAGAUUGGAGUCCAUAUAGCAGAUGUCUCCUACUUCGUACAAUAAGGAACAGAACUUGAUAAAGAAGCUUAACUUAGAUGCACCUCAGUUUAUUUUGUCCAUAAGGUCUAUCCCAUGCUUCCUAGACUUCUUUGUGAAAGAUUAUGCUCUUUGAAUCCUAAAGUCGAUAGAUUAGCUUAUUCAAUAUUUUUCAGAAUGGACAUUAGAACAGGUCAAUUGGAAAAAGGUUUCGCUCCCAGAAUCUGCAGAACAGUUAUUAGAACUUGUGCUAAAUGGCACUAUCAGUUAGUCUAAGAUAUUUUAGAUGGAAAGAUCACUAAUGAAUCCUAAUUAGAGACUUAGCACAAGCCAAUAGAAGGAGUUAAAUUUUCAGAUAUGAGAGAUGACUGCUUCUUAAUGAAUGAAAUUGCCUAAAAGAGAAGAAAGAAGCGUCUUGAAAAUGGAAGUAUUUUGCUUUAAAAUAGAGAGUUUUGCUUCUUACUAGAUGGAGAUACUAAAAUGCCUCAAUCAUUCUAAGAAUCUUAUAGGAUUGAAUCAAAGUUCUUGGUUGAGGAGUAUAUGCUUUUAGCCAAUAUCUUAAUUGCAGAGCACCUUCAUCAGUAUUGCAAGGACAAGACUUUAUUGAGAGUUCAUCCAGACAUUGAAGAUGAGAAAAAGACUAAACUUAAGGAAUUCUUUGACAAAGUAGGACUUUAAUGUAUUGAUCUUACUGACUCUCAAACAUUGAGUGUUAGUCUUGAAGCUUUAAGAGACACAGGAGAUUCCGCUAAAUUCAAUGUAGCUAUGAGAAAGUUCUUAACUUGCUUGUAAUGUGCCAAGUAUAUGUGUAUUAAUGGUGCUACUGAAAAGGAGUACAUGCACUUUGGUUUGAACUUCCAGCUUUACACACAUUUUACUUCACCCAUUAGAAGAUAUGCUGAUUUGCUAGUUCAUAGAUUAGUAACUCUGACUAUUUAGCACAAAGAUGCUACCAGAGACUUGAUUGAACUAAUGGACUACUCUAAUUAUGCAGAUUUAUGCUCAGAAAAAUCUUAUAAUGCUAAGAGAGCUUCUUAGCAAUGUACAAGAUUGUUCCAUUGUCUCCUAUUGAAGUCAAAUGGGAUAAAGGUAUUUGAUUCUUUGCUAUUCGAUAUGGAUCACAGUUCAAUCAGCAUUUAUUUGGAUGAGAUAAACAUGCAUCACAAGAUCAGACUUAGAGAUGACCCCAGAGUUGAAUCCUUGAUAUUCUUUGAGGAGCACUUCAUCAUUGUGGCAUUGUUGAAAACUAAGAAAUCUGAGAACAAGGGCAGCUCUAAUCCUGAGGAAAAGAGAGACAAAUUCAAGAAAGUCAAAUCACUUGAAUAAAUUCACUUCGAUUUCCAACCUCAUGAGUAUCUGGCUCUGAAGAUCUUCGACAAGGUAAAAGUAAAGGUCGAGACAACAACUGAAUUCCCCUUGGAUAUUCAGUGCACUCUUAUGUAUACUGAGGAAGAUCAAAAGGAGUUCGAACAGAUAAGAAAGGAAAUUGAGGAUAAAGCCAAUUAAGCUAAAGUUGCAGCUGCUACAGUGGUUGUAAUUAAUGAUAUGGAGAACCUUAAUGAUGAAGUUUGA